AUGAUAUUCAAAUUUAAUACUAUUAGACUUAUACUUCUAGUAUUUUCCACUUUUUGUACUGUCGUCUCAUGUACAAACAUAAGUAUAGCAAAUAAUGAUACUAAAAAGCAGGAUAAUAUUCUUCAAGUAGCCUCCAAUUUUGACUUGUCUGAAUUAGAUUAUGAGGAACUAUUAUAUUUUAGCAAAAUAUGUUUGUUAACGGCAUGUAUAGUUGAUGAUGGAUUGAAACAAAAUAAAUUUCUAUCUGAUGGAGGGUGUCCCUCAAGAUUGAAAUUUUGCUCAAGCAUUGAAUCGAACCCUACAUUAUAUGAUACCACAAUUGAAUUAGUUAUAAGAGCAGAUAAUUUUUUUCACUUGGGAACUGGAUACAUUGCAGUUGAUCAUUUUAGGAAAGUAGUAAUGUUGGUUUUCAGAGGGUCAGCUACAAGAUAUGAUUGGAUGCAAGAUUUGUCCAUUUUCCCAACAAAGUAUAAACCUUAUUCAUAUGAUGAAUAUGAAAAGUUGGUUAAUAGAGGUGAGAUACCGCCAUGUGGGAAUUGUAAAAUACAUUAUGGUUUUAAUAAUUUUUUGAAAAGUUUACAUCCUCGGUAUUUACACAAAAUAGGAAAAGUUUUCAAAAAGUAUCCCGACUAUCAGAUAGUUAUAACGGGACAUUCUUUGGGUGCUGCGGUGGCUUUAAUUGCUGGAAUUGAGUUUAAACUUAGAGGGUUUCAGCCUAUAAUUCUAACUUAUGGACAACCUAAAAUGUUUAAUAAUGAUAUGGUUGAAUGGGUUGAUAAAUUAUUAAAAACAGAUCAAAUAGAUUAUAUAUUAAAGCAUAAAUUUGGUGCAUAUAGUAAUUUAAAUGAUAAUCAUACUCAAAUUGAAUCUGGUGAUAAAAAAGAUACGAUAUUUUCUCUAGGAAAAGGAUAUUUUAGAAUUACUAAUGAAAGAGAUUAUGUGCCUAGGUUACCCCCAUACUACUAUAAGCAUGCUGGUUUAGAAGUAGUAAUUACUAAACCUGAUUUACCUCAGGAGCUUGAAGAUUUGCGAUAUAUUGGCAGAAGUAAAGAUAAAGACGAAAAAUACGAAGACGAGAUAUUGGGGAUAAAGGAAGACAAAGAUGAAGGUGAUGAAAAAGAAGGAUCAAGAAGAAAAAACUUGUUGGAUUUACAUCCGUCUAUACAAGAACGGUUCCAUGUUAAAGAGCAUCGCAGUUAUUUUGUCGAAAUUAAUGAAUGCGAUUAUAUAUAA